AAUGCCACCGAAAACAAGCACAACGCGACUACCAAAGUCGGUCCUCGAAGAACUAGGCCUAAGUAAGUCUUCUCAGGCAUUCUCUGCUGCCCAAAUAGGCGCUAACAAGACCUUGAAUUAAGGCGGCGGCAAUCUCAAAUCCGGCACCAAAUUGACGUCGACUGGUGGCAGAAGCGCUAGGAGCUCACGGAGUGGGAGGCCUCUGGGUAGGAAAGAGCGCCGGCGGCAGGAACGCGUAGUCAAGAAGUCUCAACAUCAGCAGCGGGGGGUGGUGAGCCAUGCUUCAGGCCCUCCAGUUCCACUAUCGCCCUCUCCCCCAUUUCCAGCACCAAUCACCCGGGGGAAACGGAAGGAAUCGGGAGCCAAAGAGAAGAAGGGAAAGGAGGAAAAGCACUCAGAACCAGCACUCAAGUCCAUUCUCAAGAAACCGAAGCCAGUGAAAAAGGCCAAUGAUGAGGAAGAGGAAGAGGCGUGGGAGCCAAAACCUAUGCUUCGGAGGGCGGUGAGGGAGAAGCUUGAGCAAGAUGAUAUGGAGAUCGAGUAUUUGGAAAAGAAACUGAAGAUUAAGGGGAAAUUGCCAAAAGCCUUUCAGGAGGAUGGACUAGACUUUUUGUUUGAAGGAUUGGAUGGGAUCGGUCAGGAUGAGGCGGCUCGGUCCGAGCCGAGCAAGGGGGCGAGGAGAAGCGAGUCGGGAUUGCGUAAGAGUGUGCAUCAACGAGAAGAAGAGUCAGAGGAGGAGGAUGGCGGUGGCGGAGAAGAUGAGGAAUCAGAUGAGGAAUCAAGUGACGGGGAUGGGGAUGCGGAAUGCCUGGACGAGGGUAUGAGUGAUAUAGAGGGUGAGAGCGGGGAUGAAUUCAUGGGAAUUGGCUCGGAUAUAGAGGAUGAUCGGGAAGCGGGGGGUAAUGAUUCUCCGGAGAACGGCCCUUCCCCGAUUCCCAGUAUACUAAAAUACCUUCCACCAUCGCUUCGGAAAACCCAAGCCACCGGGCCCGAGCAGCCCGCUCACCUCCGACGGAAGUGCCACGGUCUCCUGAAUCGUCUCUCAGAAGCCAAUCUCACCCCGAUUCUUUCGGAGGUGGAGGAACUCUAUACAACUAAUCCUCGAGGCGAUGUCACUUCCACGCUCUCCAACCUCCUAAUAACCAUUGUUGGCGAUCAAUCAGCCCUGUCAGAUACCUUCAUGAUACUACAUGCUGGCUUUGUCGCUGGAGUAUAUAAAAUCAUGGGAACGGGCUUUGGGGCUCACAUUGUACAAGCUGUCAUUGAGGAUUUUGACGGAUACUACAACAAUGUGAAUGGAAUCGAUGGCCCAGCGAGUGCUAGCAAGAAAUGCACAAAUUUAAUGAGUUUUAUUUCGGAACUCUACAAUUUUCAAGUUGUGGGAGCCGUGCUUAUUUUCGAUCUCCUGAGGAUAUUUCUGGGAGAGAUAACCGAAUUGAAUACAGAGCUGCUCCUGAAAGUUGCAAGAAGUAUGAUAUCCCCGCGUUCCUGAGCCCACCAAGCUAAUUUGGUUAGAUUGUGGCCACCAAUUACGACAGGACGACCCGACCUCUUUGAAGGACCUUGUCAUCAUGAUGCAGCCUGCCAUUGAGAAGAUUGGUCACGAAAAUCUUAGCAUUAGAACGAGAUUCAUGAUUGAGACAUUGACAAAUCUCAAGAACAACCGCUCGAAGUCGGCUGCCGCUAAUUCAGUUGUAGUCGCGGAAGCAACAAUCCGCAUGAAGAAGCUUCUAGGGGCUCUUAACAACCGUCAAAUACGAGCAAGUGAGCCUUUGCGUGUCUCUCUAGCAGACAUCAGGAACACGGAUACAAAGGGGAAAUGGUGGCUCGUCGGUGCAUCAUGGGUGGGUAACCAAGAAUCGACAUCGACAGCUUCCGGACCGCCCGGUAAAGCCCCCAAGAAGUGCAAGAAAGAUCCAGAAGACCUGGACUUUUACUCGAACACCGAUCUCUUGCAAUUGGCUCGAGAACAACGAAUGAACACAGACAUCCGACAGGCAAUCUUCGUAGCCAUCAUGUCUGCGGAGGACUACACGGACGCAUACUUUCGUAUUCUAAAACUCCGGCUAAAACGCAAACAAGAGCCCGAGAUACCCCGUGUUCUCAUCCACUGCUGCGGCUCAGAAGCUUCAUACAAUCCCUACUAUACGCUUGUUGCCCGAAAGCUCUGUACACAGAAUAACAUGCGUAAGGCCUUUACCUUCAGUCUUUGGGCGGUGUUCCGUCGUAUGGGUGAGGGCGAGGCAGGAAAGGCAGAAGCGGGUCUUUUUGGCGAAGAUGGCGAGAGCGAUGAAGGCCCUGAUAUGCGGAAGAUCCUCAAUCUUUCCAGGAUGUACGGGACUUUGGUCGCCCAGGAUGCUCUAGGAUUAGACAUGCUCAAGAUCCUUGACAUCGUGUACUUGCAGAGCAAGACUAAGACUUUCCUGGAGCUAAUGUUCAUCACGCUCUUCCUGCAAACGCUCGGACAGGAGGGUGGGACGGAGGAGAGCCUCAAAAGGGUGCUGGCCAAGAUAAAGGAGAAUCCAGUGUUGGUUCGUGGUGUGCUCUUCUUCCUGAAGAAGCAUGUUAAGGGAACCGAUGUCGUGACCGAUAAAGCUGAGGGGGCGGCUGUGGCUCGGGGUGUGCGUUUCUCGUCGCGGCUUUUAGAGUCCUUCGUUGCGGGGGAGACUUUGGGGGAAUGAUGUGCAUGAUAGAAUGAUGGUAAAUUGUGCCCCAGUAUUGCGCGUGAGCAUGACAUGACCUGUGGUCGAAAGUUGUAUCCAAACGCUGU